AGUCCAGAUUUGUGCGUAUAAAAGAGCAGAAUUGCGUUGCAUUGGCAGUUUGGAGGCACAGAAUAGAGAUAUUCUGUGUGGGAACAUUGGUGCUAGGGCAGGUUUGGGCCGAGAACGCUGCGAACCUGUUCCAAGAUGAAGGCCGUGUUGCUGUUUUGUGUCCUUCUUGGACUCGUCAUUUCAAUCAACGGUGGAGCUGUCGAGGAAAACACCAACGAGGUGGCGGAGAAGAGUGUUCAUGUAGAGGAAGAUUCUGCAAGUGAAGAAGUGGAAGACCCAGAAGCUGAAGAGCCCUCUGAAGACGAGGAAAGUGAUGCUACAGAACUGCAUAAGGACAAUAAAAUAGCUAAAGACAGUUUGCAGGAUGUAGAAAAGGACGGCUCUGUAGCAGAUCCCUUGUGGAGCGGUCGCAGAAGAUACUACCACAGAAGUAUCUUCCGCAGAAGACACUACCGCAGACGUAUCUUCCGCAGAAGACACUACCGCAGACGUAUCUUCCGCAGAAGACACUACCGCAGACGUAUCUUCCGCAGAAGACACUACCGCAGACGUAUCUUCCGCAGAAGACACUACCGCAGACGUAUCUUCCGCAGAAGACACUACCGCAGACGUAUCUUCCGCAGAAUAUACUACCGCAGACGUAUCUUCCGCAGAAGACUUUACCGCAGACGUAUCUUCCGCAGAAGACUUUACCGCAGACGUAUCUUCCGCAGAAGAUACUACCGCAGACGAAGCUUCCGCAGAAGACUUUAUGGAAAAUAAGCAAAAAACUGGUUAAGAUACUUAUUUGCUCGCUUAUUUUGUUUUGCAUCUUUAAUUUUUGCACAUUUGAAGCUGUUGACCAAGGUCAAUAGAGAAAGA